GAAAGCUACCUUGUGGCGAUUCCACGAAAUAUGUAUUAUUGCUGUUGUGUCUAACUUAUUAUGGGGGGAAUUUGAAUGUUGUGCCGGCAUUCUUGCAAAUCUUUGAAAGGGGUUUCCGAAAAAUCUCAUGAUGCUACGCUAGUGUUGCAACGUGUUGUUUGCUUCUGCAGGAGUUGUUUAAUAUUCAUUGCUUGUGAUCUUGCGUUGGGGCGGUUGGGGUGAUGGCAAUCUCCACAGAACUAGAGUGCAUUACCCUUGCCAACAAACUGAUUGUUGAUUGCCAGUUGGCGCACCCCCGAGUCAGUAGGAUGAGUGGGUUCUCAUCUCAACUCUUCUGCCAGCUCUUUGAAGCCAUAUGUGGUUCAUCUGUCUCUGACUUGAAGCGGAACCCGCAGUCAGAAGUGGAUGAAAUAUUAAUGAUGCAAGAAUUGAUUGAUACCCUGUCUCAAGAUGUCCUUCAGCUGUCACUGUCACAUAUCAGUGGUCGUGAUGUCAUCUCCAGGGACCCUCGCUCCGUGCUCGAUAUCCUGCAGGUCCUAGGUGCAUGUCUUGCACUCCAAUCUUCUCCGGAGAUAUCAACAUUGAGUGAACCAAGCAGACACUCUACAACUUGUAGCGUUUCUGAGGCCUCUUUUGACAAGGGUUCCAGCAGUAGUGCGUCCUGUGGGUCCCCAUGUGUGGUGUGCACAUACAUGAACAAUCGCUCUCGUGAGAUGCAUAUGCAACAUCCUGGAGAAAGUGGAAUGGCUGCUCCUAGCUCUAAGAGUGAGGAAAGGAAAGCAUCUGCCGUUCCAGAAAGGAAACAAAUGCCUAAUGAGAAGUCAGGAAAGCCAUUUGUAGAAAUGCAUGACACGAGCCACCCAUAUUGGUUGAGAAGUUCACCAGAAUUGCACAUGCCAUCCAUUUCAACAGUCGACCAACAUAUUCCUCAGUGUCUGGGUGACCAAACACGCAAGAAAAAAAGGUUAAAGAUGGCUCAGAAGUCAGUGUUGUGGCCGUGUGACACAAGAAGAAUGAGGACACGCUCCAAACAUCAAAGAUACCAGCCCGACAAGAAAACUAGUGGUCAUACGUCACUUGAAGAAGAAGGGGAGAUACUGACUCCACAUUCUGAGAGAGUGCUCCAGAAAUUAAACGAGCAGCAGGCAAUAUUUGCAGCACGGUGCUGCGUGAGGCAAACUUCGAUAGCCCAACUGAAUAAACAAUACGUUCAACAGCUCAAUAGCCAUCUGGAGCAUGUGCAGAGGCUUCAGAAAGAAGUGAAACAUUCCCAACGAAUGAACUUUUUGGAAUCUCAGAGGAAUGUGCACCAUGCAGUACAGUCCCUGCAAGUUGAACGCCGGCAGAUGGCAGCCAGGAUAAAACGUUCGAUGGAAAAGCAUGACGAGGUUGUGCGUGCCAGACAUGCAAGACAGCAACAUGCACAUCAGCAGAUGUUGUUUGAGGCAUUUCAAGAAAGCCUGCGAACCCGAAAAGCAGACCUUCAAGAAGCCCUCAAAAUGGCACGAGAUAAGAAAGUGCGUGAAGAGGACCGUCACAGGGCUCAGAUUGCCUCCCUCAAGAAUUUCUAUGACAUGCAGCUGUCACUACUCUCUGAAGCACUGGCAAAGGAAAAAAUGGAGUUCCAGCAACGGGCACAAGCGCAAAGCAAGGUGUUGGACAAAAUGCGACGCGAGUUUAGGAAUAGACUGGAUGAAGAGACCCGACGCUUGCAAGUGGAGUUCGCAGAGACAGGCGUAACACAACUGCGGCCAUCUGACACGAGGAAACGUAUCCGCUUCACGUGAAGUGUGGAAUGUUCUCCACUGAUAUACAGGGUGUAUUUUUUAGGCGAUACAGAUUUUUCAUUAAAAAACUAUAAGGGCUAUUGA